AUGGAUGAAGGGAUGUUUAAUAACGAAUCUACUGCCACAAAUUUCAUUCCAACUUCAACAAUUUUACCACCACCUUCAUCACCUAUUCCUACUUUAGUUCCAGCUUCGACUAUCUCACCAACAUUUUCUGGAGUCAUGCAAGAACCAAUCAUCAAUAUGGGAGGAAAAACCUACGUAACUGGAUUAAUCAUCUUUGAUUAUGAGAUAAGAAAGCUUUGUGAUGUAGCAAAGGAACAUCAAGAUCUCUUCGUAGAACAAGGGACUACAACGAAGGAGUCUCUUGAUAUAAAACUUGUUGAACUCAAAUCCUCGUUGUCGAAAGAAGUCCAUAAGAUGGAGGAAAACUAUACCUUGUUGCACAGCAAAGUCGAUGUCAUUGUUGGUUCCAUCACUAAAUUGGUUGAGUUCAAUACUAAGUACACGAAACAGGUUGAAGCCAAGUCAUAG